AAAAAAAAAAAGUAUAAAAGGAGACUCUUCCCUCUGUCUAUAAUAUCUUCAUUCUCAUCAUCGCUAGUUCAAUCCCACAAGCCCAUAAUAAAAAAGAACUUAAUCUCAUUAAAACACGCACAAUGACAGCUUCUACCACCAUCGCUUCUCUUCCUACUCCAACCCAGGCAGACAGCGAGACUCUCAGCCGUGCUGCCCAGUCUGGAGACUCGACCUUCAAGUAUCUCUAUUUCGGCCUCCAUGGUCGAGGCGAAUUGACUCGCCGCAUCCUUGCCUUCGCCGGUGCCAAAUGGGAAGAACUCCCAGUGGAUUGGCCUAGCCAAAAGGAGAGCGUGCCAUUCAAGGUCCUGCCCGUUGUCUACGAAGUUACGUCCGAUGGCACAGUUAUCGAACUUGCAGAAUCUCAAGCCAUUGAGCGCUAUCUUGCCCAAAAAUUCAACCUUUAUGGCAAGAACGUAUAUGAACACCAUAAGGUGGAGCAGUACCUGAGCUCAAUCGAUGGUGUCUUGAUCCCCUUUGGCACCAAGGUCCUCAACUCUGCUGAGAACCGUGUUGAGGAAGCUAACAAGAUCUAUAGCAACAUCUUGGACAAGUUCAUUGCCAUUCAUGAAGAACAUCUUAAAAAGAAUGGAUCGAACGGACACUAUGUUGGCAACACCACUACUCUUGCAGAUCUCAAGUUAGCAUUAUUGGUCGAUCGUUUGUUCUUGUUAAAGCCAAAGGGCGCAAAUGAGGUCCCUCUUUCGGCUGAAAAGAGCCCCAACAUCUGGAAGGUUUAUGAGACUGUAAACAGCGCUCCUCAUUUUGCUGCUUGGAGAAACUCGGAUAAGUACCGCGAACUCGACGAUGGCACUAAGAAGCUCUUCAAGUUCGACUAAGCGUUGUGCCUGUACACAUUAUAUCAUUUAGCCAAUUCAUUAGCUUUUAUAUCUGAAUAAAAUCGAUCAAU